UUUUUAGAACUACACGCGGCCUCGCACGUUUAAGUUCCGCCCGCUCUCGGCACGCCCCUUUUGACGUCCCCUUCCGGGCCCAGCCAUACUCCUAGCGUAGUUUGAGUUCAUUGGCCCGGCCCUCAGGUCCAAUGUGUCGAUCUCACCUCCAAGGCCCGCCCACCGCGGCUCCACUUCCUUCCAUUCCUCAGUCCGAAACUCUCGACUACACAUCCUGCCUGUACCUAUUCACAGUUCCUGGUUACAGAUGUCAAUCUUGCUCAGCCCCGAUUCCGCCCUCUCAGGUCCUGAUAUGCACUCCUCCGCCCACUGGUCUACGCCUGUCAAUCUAGCUUACUAGACCCCACCCACCCCGGCUCCCGUAACCGCCAUUCUUGGGUUCCUUUCCAGGCCCCGCUCCGCUCAGGUCCCCGGCCCGGUCUCCCAACCCACAACUGUCAAUCUCCAUAUACCCCAACCCAGCUCCACUUUUUUCCUGUAAGCUUUCUGCUAGGUCCCGCCUCCCCAAGUCCUGCUCCCUGCAAAUCCUGAUUUCCUUAACCCCGCCCACCAGAGACCUCUUCCGCCCUGUAACAACCGCCUCCUAGUUUCUUAAGCACUCCGCUAGCAGGCCCACUAGGGUGCGAGGACCGGUCUACGUCAGUCUUCUUCACUGCCUGAAUGGAACGUCAAUCCUCUGGUUCUAAUGGCAUCCCGUUAGGAAUACAACAUGCGUGCCAAGCUUGAGAACUCCGGAGAAAUCUCGAGUUGUGUCGUCCCUGGAGUCUGCGGUAGAGGGAGUAAGUCACUCCCUAGGAUCAGGCGCAACUUGGGCAGUCCCGGGCGCGCCGCGGCAAAAGAAAGCCCCCGGCGCCAAGCUUCCUGGUUGUUUAGGCCCGCGCAUGCGCGGCGCGGGCCGCCAAAUGGGUUCGCACUCUCGCUCGCGCUCACGAUCUGCGGGUCGUAGGAGUCGGAAGCAGCGGAGUAGGAGUAGAAGCUGCAGCAGGAGCCGGAGCCGAAGCCGGAGCCGGAGCCGGAGCCGGAGCCAUGGGGGGAGCGGCCGAAGGCGACGGGAACAUGAGCGGCGGCGCGAACGCAAACGGCGCAGUCGAGGGCGCAGCAGGUCAGAUUCGGAAGGAAACCGUGUGCAGAAGUCUAGGAGGCGAAGCCGGAGCCUUCGGCCACCCCGAUGGCACUCACAGGACCGGUCCUCACACUCUGACUCGGGUGAGGAGCAAGCACAGGGCUCCCGAGCCCGGAAGGGUCACAGGCAUUCGUGGUCCCCAGGGUCAUCAGCAUCUAGCUCUGACUCCCCAAGACGCUCCCGGAGUCCUGGAGUAGCUGCCCUGGCCGCGAGUCAGCAGCAGAGCCUUCAGGAACGGCUGCGGCUUCGUGAGGAGCGAAAGCAGCAAGAAGAGCUGCUCAAGGCCUUCGAGACACCCGAGGAGAAGCGUGCCCGGCGACUGGCCAAGAAAGAAGCUAAGGAGCGCAAGAAGCGUGAGAAGAUGGGCUGGGGUGAGGAGUACAUGGGCUACACCAACACCGACAACCCCUUUGGAGACAACAACCUGCUGGGCACUUUUAUCUGGAACAAAGCCUUGGAGAAAAAAGGCAUCGGUCACCUGGAGGAAAAGGAGCUGAAGGAACGUAACAAGAGGAUCCAGGAGGAGAACCGGCUAGAGCUGCAAAAGGUAAAACAGCUGCGGCUGGAGCGGGAACGGGAGAAGGCCAUGCGGGAGCAGGAACUGGAACUGUUGCAACGGGAGAAGGAGGCAGAGCACUUUAAGACCUGGGAGGAGCAGGAGGACAGCUUCCACUUGCGGCAGGCCAAGCUUCGUUCCAAGAUCCGAAUCCGAGACGGGCGGGCCAAGCCCAUUGACUUGCUGGCCAAGUACAUCAGUGCAGAGGACGAUGACCUGGCAGUGGAGAUGCAUGAACCUUACACCUUCCUCAACGGCCUCACGGUGGCAGACAUGGAGGACCUGCUAGAGGACAUCCAGGUGUACAUGGAGCUGGAGCAGGGCAAGAACGUGGACUUCUGGCGAGACAUGACAACCAUCACAGAGGAUGAGAUUGCCAAGCUCCGCAAGCUGGAGGCCUCGGGCAAGGGCCCAGGUGAGCGCCGUGAGGGGGUCAACGCCUCGGUCAGCUCUGACGUGCAGUCCGUCUUCAAGGGAAAGACGUACAACCAGCUGCAGGUCAUCUUCCAGGGCAUCGAAGGCAAGAUCCGUGCCGGCGGCCCCAACCUCGACAUGGGCUACUGGGAGAGCCUGCUGCAGCAGUUGCGCGCGCACAUGGCCAGGGCCAGGCUCCGUGAGCGCCACCAAGAUGUCCUUAGACAGAAGCUGUUCAAACUGAAGCAGGAGCAGGGUGUGGAGAGUGAGCCGCUGUUUCCCAUCCUCAAGUCAGAGCCCACAGCCACUCACAGCCCUGAACCUGAGGAACGGCCUCCCAGCCCUGGGACUUCAGUGGACCCCGUGGAACCCGAGGAGACCACAGCAGCAGGCGAGGCAGAGGGAGAGGCAGAUGGCGAGGCAGUGCUGAUGGAGGAGGACCUGAUCCAGCAGAGCCUGGCAGACUAUGACGCUGGCCGCUACAGCCCACGACUGCUCACCGCGCACGAGUUGCCUUUGGACGCGCAUGUGCUGGAGCCGCAUGAGGACCUGCAGCGCCUGCAGCUGUCUCGCCAGCAGCUUCAGGCUACAGGUGACGCGAGCGAGAGUGCUGAGGACAUCUUCUUCCGGCGUGCGAGGGAGGGCAUGGGGCAGGAUGAGGCACAGUUCAGCGUGGAGAUGCCACUGGGUGGCCGCGCCUACCUGUGGGCCGACAAGUAUCGGCCGCGGAAGCCGCGAUUCUUUAACCGUGUGCACACAGGCUUUGAAUGGAACAAAUAUAACCAGACACAUUAUGACUUUGACAACCCUCCACCCAAGAUCGUGCAGGGCUACAAAUUUAACAUCUUCUACCCGGACCUCAUCCGCAAACGUGCCACACCAGAGUACUUCCUGGAGGCCUGCGCUGACAACCGGGACUUUGCCAUCCUGCGUUUCCACGCAGGCCCGCCCUACGAGGACAUCGCCUUCAAGAUCGUCAGUCGAGAAUGGGAGUACUCGCACCGCCAUGGCUUCCGCUGCCAGUUUGCCAAUGGAAUCUUCCAGCUCUGGUUCCACUUCAAGCGCUACCGCUACCGCCGGUGACGCCUGUGGGCAGGCUGCCCGCCCCUGCCAUGCUGGCCCCUGGACAGCUCCUGGAUGGGAAGGUUGAGAGGACCAGGAGGUCUUCUUCAGAAGCCUUGGGGAUCCGUGGACCACCUCUGGGCUUCAGUCACCAGCACUGUGCUGGCCGCAGCCCCUCUGGCAGGUCCCUUCCUGUCUUGAAAGGAUUUUAGAAAGACUGCUUGAGGUGGCAGAAACCCUUUGUUCCUGUUCCCGUGGACUUAUUCAACCGCGGAGCCCUACAUGGUUUUGAUACGUUUAAUAGAAAGCUUAUUCUAAAA